AUGCUCGCACCACUUCUCCUUUUAACUUUUGUUCAUUACUCUGUUUGUGAAAGUAGAGAAAACAAAGUGAUUCAAGACAGUAAAGAUGAUAUUGAAGAUACCGAAUUGAUUGAUCUAAGAAUAAUUGACUCAAAAAACUCAGAUCGUAUGAUAGUACUACCAAAUAUGAAAAAGACAAGUGGUUUGAGAACGGAUGGUAUUUUCGAAAGUUUUCUUCGACGCUUAUUAGAACUUUUAACUACGUCAUUUCCAGAGCGAAAACUACCAAAGUAUUGUCGAAUAUUAAGUCACCAUACAUACGAUGUGGAGUACAAAUACGCUCAAAGGUUAGCCAAACACAUCAAAUACAUGUCUCAAAUGUACCCGGAAGACAUUAAAAAAGAAUUAGUAUACUACAAGCAGGCGUUGGACACAAAGCGACCUCAUCGUAUAGCAUUUCUGGACGCUAUAAACACAGCUUUUACUUUAAGAGAAUAUAUAAUUUUUGAUGACUAUGUUUAUGAGUUGCAGAAUUAUGGCACUAACGAUAAACUUUAUAUGGACGAAGACACUGAGAAAUUGAUAAAUAAUGUCAUUUUAGGGAGCAUCCUUAAAUUGAGCGCAAGAGAUCGUAAAGACUUAGAAAGAAAACUAAAAUUUGCUAUUAAAGAAUUUCUUUACGAUAAAGAAAGAGAUGAAUAUUUGAGAUUUUCU